GAUUGUUUGGAGUGGUCAGAUGGAGAGAGGGGGACUCGCAGGAUGGCAGCCCGGACUGGAGUAGCCUAGCCGCGGACAGACAUGUGGUCGGAGUGAAUCCUGAGGAAAACCCGAGCUCGGUGUGUGUGAGAGGUAAUCAUGCCGCUGGUGAAGAGGAAUAUUGAACCCCGGCAUCUUUGCCGUGGGGCGCUGCCCGAGGGCAUCGGGAGUGAGCUGGAGUGUGUGAUGAACAACACCCUCUCAGCCAUCAUCCGCCAGCUCAGUAGCCUCAGUAAGCAUGCUGAGGAUAUAUUCGGGGAGCUCUUUAAAGAGGCGAAUAUGUUUUAUCUGCGGGCGAACUCCCUGCAGGACCGCAUCGACCGGCUGGCCGUCAAGGUCACUCAGCUGGACUCUACAGUAGAGGAGGUCUCUCUUCAGGACAUUAACAUGAGGAAGGCCUUUAAAAGCUCUACUGUCCAGGACCAGCAGGUGGUGUCCCAGAGAAGCAUUCCUAUCCCUGUGAAGGAGAUGUACAACAUCAGCGACAAACCUCCCCCUCUCAACAUCCUCUCACCGUACAGGGAUGAUAACAAAGAAGGGCUGAAGUUCUACACAGAUCCCUCCUACUUCUUUGACCUGUGGAAGGAGAAGAUGCUGCAGGACACGGAGGACAAGAGGAAAGAAAAAAGACGACAGAAGGAGCAGAGGCGGUGCGUGGACGGCACGCUGCAGAGGGAGGUGAAGAAAGUGAGGAAAGCUCGAAACCGCAGGCAGGAGUGGAACAUGAUGGCCUUCGAUAAGGAGCUGAGGCCAGACCACCGGCAUACACACUCGCUGCACAGAGGAGCUUCUUCUGAAAACUCCAUGUCUCCAGAGAACAGAGGACACGGACAAGACCACAUGGAUCAUGGCUAUCUAACCAUGCCCAACCAUGCUGGUCAUGCCCACACAUACUCUGGCCCUCCACCCAGUAUGGCAGCCCUCUCAGCUCAUGCCCAUAUGGGUAUGGAACAGGACUAUAGAGCAGCAUCUAUGGCCUAUCGCUCUGGCACACUGGGCCGUCCACAUCAGGCCCCGCCUCCUCCUCCACCCACAGAGACCAUGAACGGCUCCAUGGCUCUUCCACCUGUGGACUACAGUAUGGAUUACAUGAAUUCAGCACCUCCGCCGCCACCACCAGCUCCUCUCAUCCCAUCAGCCCAAACAGCCUUUGCUAUGCCCCCCAUGGGCCCAGUUCCACCUCAAGGUCAUCCAGGACCAAUGGGUGCGGGCACGAGCUACAUGCCGAAUGCUGUUCCUACCUCUGGACCAAUGGCUGCUCCCCCUCCACCAGGUCCCCCACCUCCUCCGCCCAGCGCUGCUCAGUCUAUCACUCCCAAACGGCCAUCUGUGCCCAAUGAGGCCCAGCCUGUUAACGACGCUCGCAGUGACCUGCUGGCUGCCAUACGUAUGGGUAUUCAGCUAAAGAAGGUGCAGGAACAGCAGGAGCAGCAGGCGAAGCGGGAGCCAGUGGGCAACGAUGUGGCCACCAUCCUCUCCCGUCGCAUAGCUGUGGAGUACAGUGAUUCUGAAGACGACUCGGAGUUAGAGGACAAUGACUGGUCUGACUAGAAGGCACACAGAAAGAAAUGUUCACUCACAGCCAAGCACACAGUAUCUACAGCACAUAGGCAUCAUACGUUCUUACAUAUGUGAAUAAACCCACACUAGGCUGCCUCUCCAGCAGUGUACUUACAGUAUGUUUUAGAUCAAUAGUAACUUUCCCUUGACUUAAAGCAGCUGACCUUUUUUUCUGCUGACCUUCUUUUAUAAUGAUUUUUAACAAAAUGGCUAUGAAUUGGCAAUAUGAGUAUAGUGUAUAGUAAGAGAAAUGAUGUAUGGUGAGAAGAUCCACUCUGGGGCCAGUUCCAUGAAGUUUGGGGCCUGCCUAUAUGGGAAUAAAGCUCUGUAUAAGGAGGUAUGGGAUGUGGCUCAGUUAAUGGUCAGUAUAAGCUAGAUCAUAUGAGAGCAUGCUAAGGCUACGUUUACACAGCAGGUGGUAAAAAUAUGGUCAAUUUGUUUUUUUCCUCAUAUGUGAUUCAUAGGUGUUUCAUUAGUGUGGCCGUGUAAACACAUUGAAUCUGAGAUUUUCAAUUCCAGUUUGGGCCAAUUCAAUAUAUGGUAUUGAGAUCUGAAGAGCCAGGUAGGAAUUAAUGCGGGUUUUACAUGAGGAACAUGGACAUGAAUAGAUGGGAAAAUGGGAAACAGCGGUGAAUAAAGGUUUCAUUGGUGGAUUGAUGUCUCUGUUCCAAAAAUAUUAGCAGGCUUGUGUGUUUAUUCUCACAGCCUCUCAAUGUAUCUGAUGCACUUACACUAUUACACAUACAUUAUUGCAUGUUUUAAAUAUACAGGAUUUAAUGUCAUUCAUGGGAUAAGAUAUGAAUCCAUAUGUGCGUGGGGAGAGUUUGUAAGUAAAGUUUAGGGUGCAGAGUGAGUUUAUAUGGGGUGCAGACUACAGACUUCCCAAGUCUCACAGAAGCUGCGGGAGUCUACCGCAUAUCAAUAACGGCUCCCUGAUGCCCACAAGUCUGAUGAAAUCUCCCGAAAUCUAAAACGAGUGGCCCAAGGAUGAACACAAAUGUGCACACAGGCAACACAUACUGUUUUUCCCCUCCAGUCGCGUGUGGGAUAAAGAGGAAGAGUGUGCAUAUUCAUGAAGCGCAUGCAAAACUGAGAGGGCUCUGAAUUACCUGUUUUCUGCAAAGAGUCUGUGAGGCAGCCAAUCAGUAUUCAGUGAGUAAGAGAAGGAGCAUCAUGGCUCCCAUCAAAAUUCAUUUCACCUCUGACUACUCUAAAGUAUAUCCAUGUCUGAUAAAAGUAAUUUUUGCAACUUGGGAUGUCUGAGAUUAUGUUCAGUUCAGAAAAGGGAAUGAAUAAACCUAUAGAAGGAGCAGACAGCAGAGCAGUGACUGGGGAUUAGCUACUGCACACAUGCACAGCUCUUUGUCUGUAUGCUGCUCCUCUCCUGGAUCAGAGGAGACACUGAGAGAGAGAGCUGUGUCUCUCACAGCUGGUUUAGUGAUUCUCCUCUGUGAAAGCAACUGUAGUAGCUGCUCACUUGUUUGUAACUCACUAGAGGUUCUGAAAGGUUUUCAACACUGGUGUCAAACCUAUCCUUAACAAAGUAAAAGAAAGAUCCAGUGCGAAGGCUGUCUGAUUUGCUGCUCAAAAUAAAAGUUUAUAAACAGUUUAUGCUUUUUCUGUGGUAUAAUUUUUGGUUGGGAUAAAUCUACCUGUUGGUGAUAAUCCCCUGAUUCCUACACCAGUGCUCACAGCUCCAUAAUGCAAGAUAUGCAUGGACUGGCUUUUAUCUCUGUGGAAACAUUCGCUUUUAGAGCAUUGUACUUUACAGAGUUAUAGAAGUUUUAUGUAGCUUGGCUCAAACUGCUGCUGUUUUUUUUCCUUCCAAAACUAGUAGACUGGUGGAUUAGUCUGUGCAACCCCUAUAUCAGAUACAGGUAUCAUUAAAAAGAUUGUUUGAACAGCCUACCUAAUUAAAUCUGAUUUAGUUUGGACAAAAAAAAAACUGGGAAUUGGGCCACUUUUUCCUGCUGUGUGAAUGUAGCCUGGAUGAAUAAUUUUACAGUCAAAUCAGUAACGCACUCUCAGGCGUGUUUGAUCAGCACCGUCUGAAGCAGAGAGAACUGUGAGAGAUGAAGGAGUGGAACAGGGUUGGCUUGGUGACGAACGUGUGAACUCUGGUCUCAUGACAAUAAAAAAAAGGCUAAAAUGAA